CGUGCCGAGCCGUGCCGACAGGACCCGUGCCGAGCCGAGCCGAGCCGAGCCGAGCCGAGCCGAGCCUGGACGCCCCCCGAUGCGAUCCUGAGCAGCGCCGGCCCGAGGAGCGUUGUGGAACAGGAUGCUGCCGGACGCUGCGGUGCUGCUGCUGCUGCUGCUGCUGGUUGGCCUUCGUGCAGCGGCGGCGGGAGGAGCGGCCGGAUACGCGCAGGUCAAGUACAUGCAGCCCAUGGUGAAGGGGCCCCUGGGACCCCCGUUUCGGGAAGGCAAAGGGCAGUACCUCGACAUGCCGCCGCUGCUGCCCAUGGACCUCAAAGGGGAGCCAGGACCACCUGGGAAGCCUGGCCCACGUGGCCCCCCCGGACCCCCCGGCUACCCAGGAAAGCCAGGCACAGGGAAGCCAGGCAUGCAUGGUCAGCCAGGGCCUGCGGGGCCCCCUGGCUUCUCCGGCAUUGGGAAACCUGGCAUCCCAGGACUGCCUGGCAAAGCGGGUAUGAAGGGGAUGCCUGGAGCCAAGGGUGAGCCUGGUAUGCGGGGAGAGCAAGGGCCCAGAGGACUGCCCGGCCCCCCAGGGCUGCCAGGGCCCGCUGGCAUCUCAGUCAAUGGGAAACCAGGACCCCAGGGCGGCCCAGGGCUGCCAGGGUUUCGGGGUGAGCCUGGCCCCAAAGGAGAGCCAGGACCCCGUGGGGAGAGAGGGAUGAAGGGUGAAAAUGGGGUGGGGAAACCAGGGCUGCCAGGGCCACGGGGCAAUGGUGGCCCUCCUGGCCCUGCGGGGCCACCAGGACCUGUCGGCGUUGGCAAACCCGGCCUCGAUGGGCUGCCUGGCGCGCCGGGGGAGAAGGGUGAUAUGGGCCCCCCCGGGGGGCCAGGGGUCAGUGGGGAACCCGGCCCUGCGGGGCCACGGGGGCCGCCUGGCAUCGAUGGGAUCGGCGUCCCCGGUGCCGCAGGGGUGCCAGGGAUACAGGGCCCCAUGGGGCCAAAGGGGGAACCGGGCAUCCGCGGCCCCCCCGGUUUGCCAGGCGCCACAGGCUACGGGAAGCCAGGCUUGCCCGGCCUCAAAGGAGACCGCGGGCAGCCCGGGGUGCCGGGAGCCAUUGGCGAUAAAGGGGAACCCGGAGUCGAUGGUGAGCCGGGCGAGCAGGGCCCUGCCGGCGUCAUCGGGCCACCAGGCCCACCAGGGUCCACAGGGCUGCCGGGCAAGCACGGGCUGCCAGGCCCUAAGGGCGACGUGGGGCCCAGCGGGCCGCCGGGAAUGCCAGGGAUGCGAGGUGACCAGGGCCCGAAUGGCUUCGCAGGGAAACCAGGAGUACCAGGAGAGAGGGGUCUGCCCGGCUCACAGGGCCCCCCCGGCCCAGCGGGCCCCAAAGGAGAGCCGGGGUUCAUCGGCCUCCCUGGGGUGCCGGGGUUGACGGGCGGCCCCGGGCCCAAAGGGGACGGUGGGAUCCCGGGGCAGCCGGGGCUGAGGGGCCCCUCUGGCAUCCCCGGCUUGCAGGGACCUGCAGGGCCCAUGGGGCCUCAGGGGCUGCCAGGGCUCAAAGGGGAGCCGGGGCUGCCCGGUGUUCCCGGCGAGGGGAAGAUGGGCGAGCCUGGCGUGGCCGGCCCCAUCGGUCCACCAGGAAUGCCAGGAACACCGGGGCUCAACGGGCCGCCCGGCCCCCCCGGGCCUCCUGGGCCACCGGGAGCACCGGGGGUGUUUGACGAGACGGGCAUUGCGGGGCUGCAUCUGCCUGACGGCGGCGUGGAGGGCGCCGUGCUGGGCAACGGCAAGCCGGGCAAGCCGCAGUACGGCCGCGGGGAGCUCUCUGCCCGCAUCGCGCCCGCCUUCACCGCCAUCCUCACCUCCCCCUUCCCGGCGUCCGGCAUGCCCGUCAAGUUCGACCGGACUUUGUACAACGGGCACAACGGCUACAACCCGGUCACAGGGAUAUUCACCUGCCCCAUCUCCGGCAUCUACUACUUCGCCUACCACGUGCACGUCAAAGGGACCAACGUCUGGGUGGCUCUUUAUAAGAACAACGUGCCCGCCACCUACACCUACGAUGAGUACAAAAAGGGCUACCUGGACCAGGCGUCGGGCAGUGCCGUGCUUGAACUGAAGGAGAACGACCAGGUCUGGGUGCAGAUGCCCUCCGACCAGGCCAACGGGCUGUACUCCACGGAAUACAUCCACUCCUCCUUCUCUGGGUUCCUGCUUUGCCCCACAUAACGGCUGUUGGGCGCAUUUCCUUUCCACACACUUUAGCCAUAAACUGUCAUUUUUUUUUUUGGUUGUUUUUUUUUUUUUUUUUAAUUUUUUUUUUUUUAAUGAAUACAAAAAGAAAAUCACUGGGAAGAACGCGCAAGCCGUUGUCGCGGGACAUUGCUUCACGCUGUUUGAUCCAUGAGUCGAGAGGGUCAUCAGAAAGGAGAAGUUUUUCUUUCUUCCUUUCUUUUUAGGGGCAGGAGGAAGGGAGGGAGGGAGCAACUUUCUCAGCAAAGUGUAUUUGGAAUAGAUUUUCCCCUAGUGACUGCACAUCAAACACAGGAACUCGCUUGGGAUGGCAAGGAUCUGGUAAUGCAGCCUGUUGCUCCGUGAUCCAGAGAGGACUGGAGCGGACCCCUCCAGUCUACAAUUAGUGCCCUCGUUUCCCAUUCUGAGUUCAGUCAAAUAAAGGCAGCCGAUGUGGUGGACGGUGUGUUUGCUAACCAGCACGGGGUCCCAAGCACUUACCACAAACGCAUACAGCAGCAGAGAUCCUUGCUGGGUUGAGGAUUUCCUUCCCAAACCAUCCGAUGUCCAAGUUCCAGUCUCCCUGAUGCCUGUUUCUUCAAGCUGCUUUGAAGCAGUGUCUGAUUCACUCCGGAUCCAGUGUGGUUGGAUUUACAAUCAGAGAACGUGGAACACUAUGCAUAAGCACCUUCUUAGAAUAAGUAAAUAUUAUUUUUUAGCCCUUCCCCAGCAUAUUUAGGAACGAAACCAUCCAGGCAUCGGCCUCUGGGAGGACGACAGCCUGUUGCAGGGACACUGGGACCCUUGGGUCCUCUCUCGCGUUAACCCAGCAAGCCUGAGAGCUGCUCCUAUCCCGCACGUUUCUCUGCAGCCCAAAGGCUUGGCCUCGCAGCACGUCUCUCCAUCCAACACAACGGCGCUGCAUUGUGCCAGCAGAUGGAGUUCAGCUUUCCUGCAGGUGCCAGCCUGCUUGUGCUGUCCCACUCCUUCACCACGCGUCAGCUUUCACACUGGUGUUUCCCAUCUUCUCUUUCUUUCAACCGAGGAGCAGCCAUCACUCCGACCUUCCAUUCCGUCGUCACACAGCGGUGCUAUGACCUACUUAACGAAGUUACGUACAAGCGUAGUGCAAUAUGGUUCUGUGAAUGCGCCGUGCCGGGUGCGUUCCUCUGCUAAAACAUUCCCAUUUGUCAUUGCCACUUUGUUCUCUAAUGCUUGAAGAUGUCACCGACCCGAACAGGAGCUGCAAGGUUUUGGGGAAGGAACGUGGGAUGCUGACCACGUGGCUGCUCUGUCCUUGCUGGCGGGAGGAAUCAAACUGAUGCUUUGCAGGUUUUCUCAUGGCAGAGCAGCAAUCGCCGCUUGCACGUAGAGAAAAGCAGUUCUCAUCCCAGGAAGCUGCAUGCUGCUGGAGGCAAUCCGCUGCGUGUCCCUCUGCAAGGGAACGUCCCCGAGGAAACAGCAACGAUUUGGUCACCAGCUGAGCAGCUGGCAGCCUUACAUUUCCCUAAAGCCUUCUCUAUGGCCAAAGAAACAAAAUGUAGCAAGAAUGAGACUUGGGACUGUUCUUCAGAUGGACUGUACAAAAUAUUUAAACAACUUUUUUCUUUUUUUUUUUUUGGUUGGUUGUGUUCUUUUUCUUUUCCUUAAGCCUGUCACAUGUUUCUGCCUCUUGCCAUGCAGGGCUUCCCCAUAAAAGCACCCCGGCCCUGCAUAGAACAAACACGAAGGAGGUGUAAAGCUGAAGGGGCAGCAGCUGGGGCUGGCGUCCCUCCCCACGGUGGUUUUGCUCCGUGCAGAGCUGCAAGUCGUGGCGUGAUGAAACUUUCUCAAGUUGAAACGCAGCCCCAGAGCUCUGAUGCCACUGGACCUCGUAAGUCCUGGAAGCAGGGAGGUGCCAGGCCUGCUGGGUUCUGCUCACAGCCGGUUAUUUCCCAGCAGGAACAGGAGCCAAAAAAAAAUACCCAAAAUGUCAAAGUGGAAGCUCGAAUGCUUUCCUCAAAGCUGGGAGGAGGGCUCAAGGACAGAGCCUGUGUCUCUGGGUCUCCUCCACUGCAGUGAUUCCUGGGGAUACAGCACAGACUGGAGCUGCUGAGGUGGGAUCCCAGCACGCUGCUCUGCAGCACAGUGAUGUGCACAGUACCUGCAGGAGGCCAGCAGCUUCCAUGCGCUCCCAGCUGCAAGCUCAAGUCCUCUUCCUCAACAAAGCGACUUAUUUAUACUGUGUUCUAACCUACAUUCAGCCUUUCUGCUCUGUUCUGGUUUACCGCACACGUCGUGUUCUGGCAAGAAAAAAAGACACUGUCACCAAAAAACCAGGAUCCCCUGAGCGCUGUAGAUAUUGUUUUGCAACCUCUCCCUUCACACGCACAGCCAUCAACCGUCACCAACCUGCAUCAGCUGCUGCAUGCAGAAGCAGAAAGGCAGAGCUGUGACACACGCACACACGUGGGCUCCGAGAAAGAAGCAGAGGACGAGGGGCUGCUCAG